AUGUCAGAUUUAUUAUACAAUCGAUUAUUAUUAAGUUUUAUUAAUGUUAAAAAUCGACUUGAAUCUCUAUUAAAUUUAUGUUGUGUUAAUGAAUAUCGAUCAGAUAUAAAAGAACUUCAAAGUUCUAUAAGAUCCGUAUCAACUUUAAUUGAUAAUCUUCAAUACGAGUUAAAAAUAAAUGAUAAUUCGAAACUAUUGAAAAAUAAUUUUUUAUGUAAAAAUGGUUGGACAUGGGGAAAAAUUCAACAAUUGGAUAACGAAGAACAAUGUUUAAAUUUAGAAUAUCUGGCUUUAUUACGUUUACAAACAUUAGCUACAUGUUUUAAUAAACUUGAUGAGCAAAAAUUUCUAAAACAAACAACAAGAUUUAAUAUCAAUAGACAAUAUCAUUCGAAUAUAAUGAUGAAUUUUAUUGACCAGAUUCAACCAACAAUCUCAUGUGACCAUAUGCACAUCAAUAAAUUUUCAUCAUCAUUUAUUCCACAAUAUGAUUCGAACAAAAAUCUUCUUGAUUUUCCACAAGAAAUUCUUCUUCAUAUAUUUUCCUUUAUUUGUCCAUGUGAACUUAUCAGUAACAUAGCUCCGACAUGUCGAUUAUUUGCUAAUUUAAUUCUUACACAUCUUUAUUCUCAUCUUGAUUUAUCCACAUUAAUGUCGAUACAUGAUGUUCCUCGUUUAUUUAAUCAUUUAUCAUAUCUUCAAUCAAUAAGAUUUAUUGAUUGGAAAAAUGAUAUAAGUAUUUUAACAUGGUCUAUAUGGUUUGAUAUACUUUCGAGAAAAACAUUAAAUCUUAAAAAAAUAUAUUUUCGAUAUGUUUUUAUUGGUCCAAUAUUAAUUUGUCUUUUAAUUGAAUAUUUUUCUCAUUGUUUAGAAACAAUUGUAUUUGAUUAUCAACAAGAUAAUAAUUAUAAAAAUUUUGAUUUAAUUUUAUCUUCAUAUCAAUUAGGAAUUACAAAUUUUGGUAUUUUACAACUUGUCAAGAAUCUCAAUAUAUUAGUUGAACUUAAUUUUAUUAAUAUCAAUGCAAUUAAUGAUGAAUCGAUUAAAGUUUUAUGCGAUAAAAAUAAUUUUCAUUUGGAAAUUUUGAGAAUUGAUGGUGCACAAUUAACAGAUAAAGCUUUAGAUUAUAUAGCACAAUGUCGUCGAUUACGAAAAAUUACGAUUGAGUUUUGUAUAAAUAUGACAGGUUCAAAUUUUUCUAUAUUUCAAAAUUUUCAUAAACUUGAAGAAUUAUAUUUAUCAGGAUUAAAGAAUAUUUUAUCGAAAUCAUUUCAAUUAUUAUUUAAUAAUAAUUAUACUUUUAAAUAUUUACAUAGUCUGAAAUUAGGUGAAUGUCAUAUGAUUGAUGAUAAUUGUGUUCAAUCGAUUGUUUACAGUUGUCCUCAUCUAAUUGAUAUAACUUGUUCAUUAGCCUAUGGUAUUACUGAUGAAGGUUUUAAUGAAAUUGUUACUCGUUGCAAUCAACUUCGAUCUUUAACUUUAACAGGCUGUAAUCAAAUUUAUGGUGAAGUAUUAUUUGAUGUACCAGAAAAAUAUUUACAAUCAAUAGAAUAUCUCAAUUUUGAUAAAUGUAAUCAAAUAGAAGAUUUUAUUUUAAUUGAUUUGUUUCAAAGAAAGAGAUUCAUAUCAGUCAUUGAUUCUUAUGGGUCAUUAAUUGAACUUUAG